GUGGAAUGGAGUGGCGCGGAGAAGAGUAGAAUGGAGUGGGGUAGAGUGGAGUGGAAUGGAAUGGAGCGGAGUGGAAAAAGAAGAGCAGAGAAGGGGGACUCAUUCAUGUUUUGCCUCUAGCUGUUACAAGUCCAGUCGAACGAAUAGUAUACGCUUGUGCAGCACGAAUGUUGCGAGCCGUUUAACCUCGGACUAAAUCGAAUCGCAUUGCAAAACGUAAAUCACGUCAACAACGCAAGCCGCAAGACGUAGGACGCAAGACGUAGGACGCAAGACGUAGGACGCAAGACGUAGGACGCAAGACGUAGGACGCAGGACGCAAGACGUAGGACGCAGGACGCAAGACGUAGGACGCAGGACGCAAGACGUAGGACGCAAGACGCAAGACGUAGGACGCAAGACGCAAGACGUAGGACGCAAGACGCAAGACGUAGAACGUAGGACGUAGGACGUAGAACGUAGGACGUAGGACGUAGGACGUAUGAUAAAGAAGAUAGAACGUGGAGAACGCAAGGACACAAAAAAUACAGUGCGAGAUAGAGCGUGUGUAGCGAUCGAGUAGAACGUAAUUGUUUCGGCGAACGUGCAACGUCAGCCACGUUGCUGUUCACUGCCGGUGAAUGUGUUUUCUCAUUGAGUGCGAUAACGCCAAGAACCGGAAAAUUCAGUUUCACGUUCGAAAGAACGAGUUAGAUUCGAAGCUCUGUUUGGAUUCGUUGGAUGGGCAACCGCGAUGCAACCUUUGCAAAGUGUUCCGACUUUUGUAAAGUGACGUUUAGUUUUUGAUCGUUAUAAGAGCGAACGUAUCGAACGAUCUCGUUCUUCUGUGGAUUUUACUGUUACGUUAUGUAUCCAGCAUCGAUAAACAAAGUCGACAAGUACACAUUUUGACUAAUUUGUGCGAUCGAGUUGGAAGCUGUAAGAAACAAGUUGAAAGCUCUAGAAAGAAUGUUUUGAAAGCAUUAUUAAAUUCUACGAUAUUCGGUAUAUAGAGUAUCGUUAGGUUUAUUGGAACGGCAUAAGAAAGGACGAGAGUCAACUAGUCGUUCGAUAGACGGUAGAUAGUGGUCGAAUGGAUAGUAGUACUGUAUGCAUAGAUGGACGAUGGAGAAGGAAUAAUACUUGCGACGAACAGCAGUGCUGCUACUAAUAUAGCUGCUCAUAUAUAGUGAGAUAUAUGAACGCGUAUGUAAAUUUACACGCAUAUGCUGUUCCUCAUGUCCGAAUGUAUUGCGUGGUUAAUGCUGUUAUCUUGAUUUCUCAUUUUCGAUUCUAUUCGAUAAUCGGCAACUGCAUUGUUUACAUCGUGGUCUGGAUAUUUGUUGGAUGAUCGGUGAUCGUCGCGAGAGGCAGGAAGGAUCGCGUGCGCGCGAAAGGAUGGCCGAUUUGAUCUGUUUCUUGCUAGCAAUGUUCGGGCAAUUGCUGGUUCGCGAGAGCAAGGGUAGUCUUCUUGGCGUAGAGCUCGAUGAAACCGGUGAAAAAUUUCUCAACGAGUAUUUGUCUCUCGAUGAUGGCAAGCAUCUCGCCGAGUUACAGGAGUUUGAAGAUACAGCGAUCGAACUCGAUUUGAUCGAUCAGAAAGAGAACCAUCGACCGACGUUACAUCAGCCGCCCAGGGUGCUCUACCAAAUCGGGGACAGCGAAGACGAAUUGCCCGAGUGUUUGGACCGAAGCCAAGUUUGUAGCAAGGUGGAUUUAUACGGAUCACCGUGGGUCGAGAGACAAUGUCGUUGCCCGGAUGGUCGUACCUGCCCCAGCAGUUUGCACGGAGACGACGGCCACACGAUAGUCGAUAAAACAAGGCAGUACAAGCUUUGCGAGCCGGUGAAACGUCUACCCAUCUGUCGUUACUUCAAAGACGUCACCUGGACUUUAGCUCCUGGAGGGGGCCCGGCGAACGCGACGGUUCAGCGAGUUUAUUGCCGAUGUCGGCCAGGCAGCGUACCUUAUCUAGUUCGAAGGCAGGCUUACAGGUCUGCGGAGGGAAGCCCAGGUUUUAUAUACGCAUUCGCCUGUUCUCCGCAAAGCAGACUCCGUUGUCAGCAUAAGGAACCUUGCCGACUGUUCACCGUACGUAAGAGACGGAGCUCGCAACUCGAAGAGGUAAAUGCAUCGCCUCUUUGCCAGUGUCCGAAAGGUCAUCGAUGUCCAAGGAGACACACAGAUCCAGGAUCGCUGCCAGCAAGAUCUUACUCCGGCAUCUUGGAGAUUAAAACGUACAGCGGAUACUGCGUACCUUCGCAAUCGCAUCAUUCCGAAGCGGUUUAUAACGUGUGACUAGCAGCAGUUUCAAAGGUGUCGCGCUAACGUAUCACGAAACGAGGGAGAAGUUGAAUUUGUGAUAUUUGCGGCCGUACGCGCAUAGUCCAAUUCGAAAACUUUCAAAGCGUUCUCUAGACUCUAACGAGCACGAACAGAAGCUGAUGUUUGCUUCGAGGCACCGAUAAGACUAUUACUAGGUAAAAUUAUUAGUGGUUGCCUCGACUGAUUUCCGUUCGUUCGCAGUUUUAAAUAUAAGUUUACCGUCCAUUCGUAGAAACCUAUGAAACGUAUUAAAAGUUGAAACUUGCAACACGUAGUAGUAGUAAUAAUAAUAGCAGUAGUAGUAAUAGUAGUAGCAGUAGUAGUAAUAGUAGUAGCAGUAGUAGUAGCAGUAGUAGUAAUAGUAGUAGUAGCGGUAGUAGCAGUAGUACUACUAGUAGUAGUAGUAGUAGUAGUAGUAGCAGCAGUAGCAGUGGUACUAGCAGCAGUGGUAGUAGUACUAGCAGCAGUAGUAGUAGUACUAGCAGUAGUAGUAGUAGUAGUAGUAAUUCUCCCUGCGUGCGUUGUACAUCCAACCAUCAUGUUUCAGUAAUUUAGAUUUGUUUCGUUUCGGAGAUUGAUGGGAAAUAAAAUAUAUUCAAAGUGAAAAAUAUCGGAUACAAUUGCUAUUCGGUGUCGAUAGUAAAUGUUUGUUAUACAUUAUUUGUAUCGGAUUGUAUAGGAUCGUACGUAUCGUAUAUGCCUGCUACGUAUAUAUAUGCUCGAACUAAACACGUUACUUUUAAUGCUAUUAGCUAUCGAUACGUUUUACGAACGAUGUUAUCUAUUAAAAAAUUGUAUUUCGUAUUAUUAUACUUGUAUUAUUACGUAAUAUCGCUUUUGUAAAUAUUUUAUUCUUAACAAAAAUUGAAAUAAACGAAUUCCAUUAUCAUCGA